CGACGUGUCGGUGAAAGGGGUCCGUGUGCCACGCGGACGCCGUACCCCCGCCUGUGAUCCUGAGCGGCUGGACUUGGGCUGGGCCCAGCUAUAAAAGCAUACCGCGCGCCCCUCGAACACGUAGUGUUUCCCUGCAUAACACGCAAGAAAAACCGCUCGCCAUGAAGUGCUUCAUUGUCCUCUUCGCCAUCGUGGCGGCUGUCAGCGCUGGUGGAUACGGCCAUGGAGCCCAGCACGUUCACGUUGCUGGCAACGCUCCGAUCCCCGGCCUGAACGCCCACCCGUUGGCUCUCCACGGCAAUGACCACACCACCAGGAUCCAUUACACUGGCUCGCAUGUGGGGCAUCCGCACUUGGUGGGUGUUGAGCACUACAACGCGGCCCCGCAUUAUGAACCCAGCGUCACGAACGUCGCUGUUCACGGACACGGCUACGGACACGGCUACGGAUACGGCCAUUAAGAAGAAGCUGUCCCCAGAUAGCCAGCAGACCCGCUGGUCCGGGGUGGUCCAUGUCGAGCGCGUCAUCCUGAGGCUGAUAUGAAGGCAGCUCGAGGUUUAAACAUACUCUCACACACAGCAAGACCACGCAGACGCGAGAUCACAAACAGACGGACCGGCGACCGAUCGGUCGCGCGGCGAACCGUCGAUUUUUCGUCAAGCGAGCACGACCCCCGCCCACCGAUGAUUCCAAUCAGGCGGCCGGGGGACCACGUCGUUGGGCCACGAACGAGAACCUUGGCCCUCGACGGUGUAUGCUCGAACAGUGGGAUUCGACUGCCUCAGGAUAGCCGCACGUCUUGGGCCGCUCGAGGACCGCAGUGACCAGGCAGCCAGACUCCAAGCAAAGCCCCCUUUUAAUCUCUUCUUCUUCUACUUCAACCAUUGUUCUGAUUAUUCUUUCGACUCUUCUCUUCGCCACCUUGACGCUACAUAUGACACGCAUAUAUCACACAUCACCACCAGCCACCACCUACCCAUUGAGUACGCGCGGAGACCAAGGACAAGAUCCACCAGGCCAUCCAUCUGCCAACAACAACAACAACAACAACAACAAUCCUUCCCCGACAACAACCAUUCGCCCAUCGUCUCGAAAUUAAUCGUGCGGCAUGCCAUCGAAGAAGACACUAUGACAUCUCAGAGCGGACGCCUUUUCUU